GGUUAGCUGGUUAGUUAGUUGACUCGCUAGCUGCUCCUGUAUGUUUGAGAGACCUGGAUACAUUAAACAUGGUCCUUAUUCAAGCCAAACAGUCGAGACAACACAGAAAUCUCCCCUGAAAGCAACAGAAAGUACCAGUGAUACUGUUCACCAGAAAUGUCAAGUUAACGAGGCGUCAGACUCGAUUUCAUUGUCUUGAUUUGUCGCAUCUGAUAUUUUCAUCCGUAAUUCAUUGUUUAGGCAGUGGAAGAGUGCCAGUGACAAAUCAGUCAGAAGCCACGGCGAUGUCUCCGGCUCGCUUAUAGUCGCAUGCGGCACUUUGAGUCGAUUUCUGGGGGUAAAAGCUCCAAAACCUUCAGCUCGUGUUUCUUGAAGUGGUUCAUGGUGGAUUCUGGACACCUGCCUCCAGAAUCUGCUGAUAUUUAGUGGGGUCCAUUCCUCCCCCCGGUUGUCUUCUGCCACUGGCUGCCCCCCCCCCCCAACGAAGAAUAAUCACAGAAUAUUUUAAGGACUGUUUGCUGCAGGAGUUGGAUUCGCUUCUUUCGCCUUCGAAAAUCGACCGAAUACCUCAUUCGCCCAGACUUUUGUGUACAGCUGCAUUUUCUCUGACUCGACACUUUCCAUUUACUUCCAAGGGAAACCAGCACCAAGUCACAUUUGAGAAGCUGGAACCAGAGAGUGUUUGGUGUUUUGGUUUGAUAAAUAAUAAAUGAUCAAAUUAGUCAAUGGUUCAUUGACCGCUGGUCAAUGAAUCGACUAAUUGUUGCAACUGUAGCUAAUAGGCAGUAUAAGAAAGCAGAUUCAUUUUACCACAUUAAAGUUUAAGAGUCACUUCUUCCCGUCAACAGCCACACAGGUGACAAAUUAAAGAAAAACCUGAGUGAGUGAGCGCAGAAACCUACAGAUCCGAGGAAUCACUCAUGACAGUCACUUACUGGGCUUUCACAGUCACCAGAUCCCAGCACAGCUCAACACCAGUCGGAGAUUUUCCACCACUAUCAUCCAAACAUCAAAUGAGGGAACAUCUUGUGGGCGACUCGCAGGAUCUGUCAUCACAUUCGAGUCACAGAACUGAUGGUUUUUUUCCGACCGCUGAAGAGCCCAGAAGCUCAGGUGAGGUGAGGAAGCGGCAUGGAUAAAGUGAGAAGGAUCCUGGUUUGCGUUUGUAAAGACCGAUCGGCUCCACAACGGGCUCAGUUUGUUCAGAGUAUAACGGGUCACUUCGUCGACGGUGGUGACGAUGAGGUGGAGGUGAACUGUUCUCUGGAGAAAAACCAGUUUGUUCUUUUCAGAGGAGACAAAGGACGGGGGAUCCCUCUGAAGAGGCCCGCCUUCUGUCCCAUCAAGAACCUGUCAGUCACACAGGCAGCUGCGAUCCCAUUGGACGUUCAGCAGCGUGGCGUGGACGUGGGCGUGGCCAUACUCCUGCAGACAGCCAAUCAGAGAGUGUUGCUGACACGCCGGGCGAAGGAGCUUCGUAUAUUUCCCAACGUCUGGGUCCCUCCAGGUGGCCACUUGGAGCCGGAUGAGACGCUGCUGGAUGCCGGCCUCAGGGAGUUAAAGGAGGAAACUGGACUGAAACUGGAACCAGAGGAAGUUUGUCCAGAAAUACUGGGACUGUGGGAGUCAGUGUAUCCUCCCAUGCUGUCCAGAGGACUGCCUCAGAGACAUCACAUAGUCGUCUACAUGCUGCUGCACUCCUCCCUCUCUCACCUGCAGCUACAGUCCUCUCUGAGCCCGUCUCCGGCAGAGGUCAGUGCAUGUCUGUGGGCCGACAGCCGGCUGGUCGGAGCCAUCGUGUCGGCCGUGGAUGGAUACGACGCUGAGGUUCAGCUGGAGGACCUGCCGAACAGCAUCAGUGUGUCGCAGGUGUCUGCAGACGGAGCUCUUAGUGACUUUACUCUGCCGAUGGCGAUGUUCGUCAGUCGGGUGCCGGCCAAUGGCCCGGACGUGGAGCGGGUCAGCACCGGGACCAAGUUUGCCCUGGAACUAUGGCUGAGGAGCCUGGAGACGCCUGACCCCUGACCUCGGAAGCCUGGCCCUCCUCACGGCCCCCGUAAUGUGGCGUUGUUUUCUCGGGAACCAGGGACUUUGGGAGUUUUAUCAGGGGAAUUUUUUGUCUCCAGUUAACAAUGUACACGUGGUGGAGGUUCAAUUGGAUGACUACAGUGUUUUUAGACUCAGUAUAUAUUAAGAUUUUACUAAUCUUAAGUAAAUGAAAGAAAUAUACAAAUAAAAAGGAUAUAUGUUUCUGCCAUCAGAAAUAUAUUCCUGGCAGUCUAGAGAGGGCUUCUGAAACAGCACUUAGACUGUGAUGUUGGGAAAUAAUGUACUGAAGAUAUGACUUCACAGUUGAAUGAAUAAAGUAUGAAAAUUCCAAAUA